AACUUGGACUCUGUGUUCAGCUGGACACCUCUCUCCCUCCAGUACCAUGUCUUACAACUUCUGCCUGCCCAACCUGAGCUUCCGCUCCAGCUGCUCCUCCAGGCCCUGCGUGCCCCCCAGCUGCUGUGGCACCACCCUGCCCGGGGCCUGCAACAUCCCUGCCAAUGUGGGCAGCUGCAACUGGUUCUGCGAAGGCUCCUUCAAUGGCAAUGAGAAGGAGACCAUGCAGUUCCUGAACGACCGGCUGGCCAGCUACCUGGAGAAGGUGCGGCAGCUGGAGCGGGAGAAUGCGGAGCUGGAGAGCCGCAUCCUGGAGCGGAGCCAGCAGCAGGAGCCCCUCUUGUGCCCCAGCUACCAGUCCUACUUCCGGACCAUUGAGGAGCUCCAGCAGAAGAUCCUGUGUGCCAAGUCUGAAAAUGCCAGACUGGUGGUGCAGAUCGAUAAUGCCAAGCUGGCUGCAGAUGACUUCAGGACCAAGUAUGAGACAGAGCUGGGCUUGCGGCAGCUGGUGGAGUCAGACAUCAACGGCCUGCGUAGGAUCCUGGAUGAGCUGACCCUGUGCAAGUCUGACCUGGAGGCCCAGGUGGAGUCCCUGAAGGAGGAGCUAAUCUGCCUCAAGAGCAACCAUGAGGAGGAAGUCAACACCCUGCGGAGCCAGCUGGGAGACCGCCUCAACGUGGAGGUGGACGCCGCCCCCACUGUGGACCUCAACCGCGUGCUCAACGAGACCAGGGCUCAGUAUGAGGCCUUGGUGGAGACCAACCGCAGGGACGUGGAGGAAUGGUACAUCAGGCAGACUGAGGAGCUGAACAAGCAGGUGGUGUCCAGCUCAGAGCAGCUGCAGUCCUGCCAGACGGAGAUCAUUGAGCUGAGACGCACGGUCAAUGCCCUGGAGGUGGAACUGCAGGCCCAGCACAACCUGAGAGACUCCCUGGAGAACACCCUGACGGAGACGGAGGCUCGCUACAGCUGCCAGCUGGCCCAGGUGCAGGGCCUGAUCGGCAACGUGGAGUCACAGCUGGCGGAGAUCAGGAGUGACCUGGAGCGGCAGAACCAGGAGUACCAGGUGCUGCUGGACGUGCGGGCCCGGCUGGAGUGUGAGAUCAACACGUACCGGGGGCUGCUGGACAGCGAGGACUGCAAGCUGCCCUGCAAUCCCUGUGCCACGACCAAUGCCUGCGGCAAGACCAUCGCACCCUGCAUCUCCAGUCCCUGCACCCCCUGUGUUCCUGCUGCCCCCUGCACGCCCUGUGUCCCCCGCUCCCGCUGUGGGCCCUGCAACUCCUACGUGCGCUAGAGUCCAGCGAUUCCCCGAGGAGCAAGGAGACAGGGCCCAGGGUUCUGGAGCUAUGACCUGGCUCUGCUUCAUUCCACCAAACAAGUCAGAAAACACAAUGUGCAUGGCUGGAGCUUCCCCAGGGGGGGAAUCCAGAAGCUCACCUGACCUCCUCCAGAUGAUCCCUGCCCACACUUUCCUUCACUGGGGACUGUUUCCUCUUGGCUUGUCCAGAGAGCCUGCCCACGUGUCAGCAACCCUCCCUUGUAACCUAAUAAACUCAAUUUCCUUGGCAAAGUA